AUUUGAAAGUAUAUAAAGACUAGUCAUUCUUAUCGAAAUAGGCUGGCAUUGCUUCGAGGCCGUCCCUCGGCCCAUUAGAAGUAUGUAAAAGCCCGGUCUAUAGAAUGUGGGCUGUUGGCCCAUUAAGGGCGAUCCGAGUCUGAGCCCGAUCCCGUCUAAGGAGAAAGGGUUAUAGUUGUAAAUUGAGUUGUCGAGCUCUCUAUUUCGUCCUUACCUUAGAUUACAUUAUCCGUCUCCCACAGAAAUUCCCAAAUCGAAAGCAUCUCCGAUCACCUAGGGUUUUCGAUAUCUCACUCGCCGACCGAUUGUCAAGACUAUCAGCUCUUCCAGACUUAUUCCUAUAGAUCAUAGCUCGAGUUUUGAGAAUCUCCAGCAAAUUAAGGUUCCGUUAUGACGACGGCGGCAAGACCUACGUGGGCACCCGCGAAAGGUGGGAAUGAACAACGGGGAACUCGAAUCUUCGGUCCAUCUCAAAAGUAUUCGUCGAGGGACAUCGCUUCUCAUACUACCCUCAAACCCAGAAAGGAAGGACAAGACACCCAAGACGAGGUGCAAAGGAGAAAUCUCAGGGACGAGCUAGAGGAUCGAGAGAGGAGGCAUUUCUCAUCAAAAGAGGAUAGAGAUCGCCGGAAAGGAAAUCAUCUUCUCUUAGAAGGGUCUAGGAGAGAAGUUGAGGACCGAAUUGUUCCACGAAGUAUAGAUGCAGAUGAUGCUGAUGUGGAUGCUCAGAGUGAUGAUGAUAGUGAUGAUGAAGAUGAUGACGACGGCGAGGAAGCACUUCUGCUUGAGCUUGAACGUUUAAGGAAAGAAAAAGCUGAGCAGAAAGAGCGAGAAGUAAGCCGUGUGUUUUUUACUUUUCAAGAUUUUUGA